AUGUCCCGUCAUCAAUUUGAUUUAGUUAUGUGCAUGAGGCAACCAGGCACUCAUAUAGGAAUGGUUUGUGAUAAAUGUGAUGGUAAAUGCCCCAUUUGUGAUUCAUAUGUGAGACCAAAAAGUAAAGUAAGAAUAUGUGAGCAAUGUUCAUUUGGUAAUACCAAAACUUAUUGUAUAAUAUGUGGUUUGCCUGGUACAAGCGAGGCAUAUUAUUGUUGGGAAUGUUGUAAAUUAGAGAAACAUCGAGAUGGCUGUCCAAGAAUUAUUAAUAUCGGUAGUAAUAAGGUUGACAAGUAUUUCGAAAAUAAAAACAUAGGGAAUAAAUAA